CAUCUUGUCCCCUCUUCACUAAACACCAUUGAUAUUACAAAAUUGUCCACGGCCCCCGCGUCGACUUCCUUCCAACCUUCCAACCUUCUUUUUGUUUUUGCCGCCCUUUUGGGCCCCACAUAUGACAUGGCACGUGACGUGUCACCCACUCUUUCCUCUCCUCCUAUUUAUACACCCCUCUUACUCCAUCCUCCGCACACCUUUUCCAUACACAACUCUCCCAACUCUCUUUAAGUAAUUAACAAAGAAAAAUCUCUUUCAUUUCUUAAUUACCUUUUUUUUUUUACUCUGAAAAUAUGGCUGUUGAUUCAGUACUUUCAUCUCCAUUGGGUCCUCCUGCAUGUGAAAAAGAUGCAAAAGCACUUCAAUUCAUUGAAGAAAUGACUAGAAAUGCUGAUGCCGUUCAACAAAGAGUCUUGGAUGAGAUAUUGACUAGAAACUCCCAAACGGAGUACCUCAAGCGCUUUAAACUUGACGGCGUCAGUGACCGUGAAACCUUUAAAUCCAGAAUUCCGGUCGUAACUUAUGAAGAUCUUCAACCGGAGAUUCAACGGAUCGCUAACGGCGACCGUUCGCCUAUCUUAUCCGCUCAUCCCAUCUCUGAAUUCCUCACUAGCUCUGGAACGUCAGCUGGUGAAAGGAAAUUGAUGCCAACAAUUAAAGAAGAGUUGGAUCGUCGCCAGCUACUAUACAGUCUUCUUAUGCCAGUUAUGAACUUAUACGUGCCUGGAUUAGAUAAAGGGAAAGGACUAUACUUCUUGUUUAUCAAGUCCGAGACGAAAACUCCAGGUGGGCUAUUGGCCCGACCCGUUCUCACAAGCUACUACAAAAGUGAACAUUUCAAGAGCAGACCUCAUGACCCGUACAAUGUUUACACAAGUCCAAAUGAAGCAAUCCUUUGUGCUGAUUCCUUUCAGAGCAUGUACACUCAAAUGCUCUGCGGUCUCUACGAGCGCGAGCAAGUUCUUCGCCUUGGAGCUGUCUUUGCCUCGGGCCUUGUCCGAGCCAUUCGGUUCUUGCAGCUCCACUGGCCACAACUUGCUCAUGAUAUUCGGACUGGAAAUCUGAACCCACAAAUUACAAACCUCUCUCUUUGUGAACGCAUGGGUAAAAUUAUGAGACCGAAUCCUGAGCUAGCUGAUUUUGUUGCUGGUGAAUGUUGUAAAGAAAAUUGGGAGGGAAUUAUCACAAGGAUUUGGCCUAAGACUAAGUACCUUGACGUAAUUGUCACGGGUGCUAUGGCUCAGUACAUUCCUACUUUGGAUUAUUACAGUGGUGGGUUACCAAAAGCUUGCACUAUGUACGCAGCUUCCGAGUGUUACUUUGGACUCAAUUUAAAUCCCAUGUGUAAGCCCUCGGAAGUUUCGUACACCAUCAUGCCAAACAUGGGGUAUUUCGAAUUUUUACCCCAUGACUCUACAACAACUAACUCCUCACCUACCAAUCUCGUUGACCUUGUCGACGUUGAGGUUGGAAAAGAGUAUGAGCUUGUCAUCACAACGUACGCUGGGUUAUACCGCUACAGAGUCGGAGACAUUCUCCGAGUCACCGGGUUUCAUAACUCAGCCCCUCAGUUCCAUUUCGUCAGGAGAAAAAAUGUUCUAUUGAGCAUUGACUCUGACAAAACGGACGAGGCUGAGUUACAGAAGGCCGUAGAGAAUGCUUCGAAAUUACUCAGGGAGUUCAAUACCAGCGUGGUCGAGUACACUAGUUAUGCAGAUACAAAGACAAUUCCUGGUCAUUACGUGAUUUAUUGGGAGUUAUUAAUGAAAGAUUUGAAAAAUUCUCCCAGUGAUGAAGUAUUGAACAAAUGUUGUUUGGCCAUGGAAGAGUCACUCAACACAGUGUAUCGACAGGGCCGAGUUGCUUGCAACUCAAUUGGUCCGUUGGAGAUUAGGGUGGUGAAAAAUGGUACAUUUGAAGAACUCAUGGAUUAUGCAAUUUCAAGGGGUGCUUCAAUUAACCAAUAUAAGGUGCCAAGAUGUGUGAAUUUUGCACCUAUUUUGGAACUUCUUGACUCAAGAGUAAUGUCAAGUCACUUUAGCCCAUCGUUGCCUCAAUGGACACCUGAACGACGUCGUUGAUGUGGAGAAGUGUUUAUUAAUUACACAUGCAUGAUCAGUAGGAGGAGAGUCGAUGAAAGAAGAUUCCCUAAAGUUUUUUUUUUUUUUUUUCUUGUCUUUUUUUAUUUUUUUAAUUUCGUUGUCUUACUUUUGUGACUAGAUGGGUCCUGAUUGUAACUAGACGAGGACGUUCGGCAGAAUUAGGUUUGUACGUUAUGGCUCAGUUAACCUGUGAAAAUGAUGUAACAUCCCAAGCUUGUUAAAUGAACUGUUUCUUUGUUCCAA